AUGAGCCUCUUACCUCAUAACGCUUUCUACAACGCAUCGAGGUAUCGUAACAGCAAUUCCAUAAAGCUAGCUGGCUUGACUGGCGGUGAUCUUGAUAUCCGUGGUGAUAGUGAUGGCGACACACACACACAAACAACCGCACCAACUCACCCUGCCAUCUCCACUACCACCGCGACCCGUUCCCUUUCUUCUGUUUCUUCUACUCCCCCUCCAGACUUCUCUAGCUCCCCUCGAACCAUCCCCAUCCGCAGAAACAACCGUCUUCUGCGCAACUACCAGCUAUCCCCCGCCAAUCUACGUUUCUGUUGCUCUGGCCAUAUUGUUACCAGCAAAGACAACCCAAUUCCCUUCAUCUGUUCCAUUUUCCUCGUUUUGGCCAUCCCCGCUGUCUUCUUUGGUCGGAUAGGCGUUGACUUAUGGUACACGCUCUCCCCCGCCGUACCUAUCAUAGCUGCGUAUUUAACCCUUUUAGUCUGGUGCUCCAUGUUCAAAACUGCCUUUGCAGAUCCAGGUGUUCUACCCGUCGACAUUGACAAGAACGCUGUCGACACAUUCCCCCGCGAUGUUUCUCUGCGCCAUACGCAUUUCCUCUCACUCAAAUACUGCGAAACGUGCCACAUAUAUCGCCCUCCACGCGCGAGUCACUGUCGUCUCUGCAACAGCUGCGUCGACGGUAUAGACCACCACUGCUCCUUCCUCAACAUAUGCAUAGGACGACGCAACUACCCGUCUUUCCUAACUUUCUGCGGUCUGACAGUGGUGACACUCGCUUACUACACCGCCUUCGCUGCGGUGCACCUCUACCAACUUACGCAGGACACGCGCGUGUCGACCUCGCAGUCCUUCGGUGGGGCAUUGCGUCAGGAUCCCGCUAGUGCCGUCGUGUUCGUAGUUGCAAUACUCUUUCUCAUUCCCCUCGCUUUCCUUCUCGCUUACCACGCACGUCUCACUCUCAUCAAUAGCACCACUAUCGAACAGCUUCGAGAGAAGGCUGUCGAUAGGGCUAGGAAGGAUGGUGAGCUAGGAGGUGGAGGUGAGAACCCAUUUGUUGGUGACGAUUCUAACCCUUUUUCCCUUGGCCCUGUCGCUAAUGUCCAGUGGAUGGCUUUUCGCCCUGGCUCCAAUUAUUCCCAUGCACGCUUCUCGGCGGUUGCUCAACGCGAUGCUAGAAGGGGUGGUGGAGGUGUUUAA